GCGAAACGCAUGGUAACGCAUUGAUCGGAUAUCAAAGGAGAAAAUUCUAACCAAGCAUGGCCGCCAUCAAAGCUCUAAAUCCCAAAGCCGAAGUAGCUAGAGCAGCCGCAGCUCUCGCAGUUAAUACAAGUGCAGCUAGAGGACUUCAAGAUGUCUUACGUACCAAUCUCGGACCGAAAGGAACUAUCAAAAUGUUGGUUUCUGGAAGUGGAGACAUCAAGCUCACUAAGGAUGGCAAUGUUUUGCUGCAUGAAAUGCAAAUCCAGCAUCCCACUGCAUCCAUGAUUGCCAAGGUAGCCACUGCUCAGGAUGACAUCACCGGAGAUGGGACAACCUCCAACGUUCUCAUCAUCGGAGAGCUUCUCAAGCAGGCUGAUCUCUAUAUCUCAGAGGGACUCCAUCCACGCAUUGUGACUGAGGGUUUUGAGUUGGCCAAGGAGAAGGCAUUGGACACCCUAGAGAGCGUCAAGGUUACCCAGGAGAUCAACAGGGAUCUUCUCAUCAGUGUGGCAAGCACCUCACUACGUACCAAGGUUCACCCUCAGCUGGCUGACCUACUCACCGAGGUGGUAGUGGAUGCAGUGCUAGCCAUCCAGAAGCCCAACGAACCCAUUGAUCUACACAUGGUUGAGAUCAUGCAGAUGCAGCAUCGUAGCGACACCGAUACCUCCCUGGUACGAGGCCUGGUGAUGGACCAUGGAGCCAGGCAUCCUAACAUGAAGAAACGCGUUGAGAAGUCCUACAUUCUUACCUGCAAUGUGUCUAUGGAAUACGAGAAGAGUGAGGUGAAUGCCGGAUUCUUCUACAAGUCUGCCGAGGAGAGGGAAAAGCUUGUCCAGGCCGAAAGAGCUUUCACUGACGAGAAGGUCCAGAAGGUCAUUGACCUCAAGAGGAAGGUCUGCGAGGGAAACGACAGAGGAUUCGUUGUCAUCAACCAGAAGGGUAUUGAUCCUCUAUCCUUGGACAUGCUUGCCAAGGAGGGCAUCAUGGGCCUCCGUAGGGCCAAGAGGAGGAACAUGGAGAGGUUGCCCCUGGCUUGCGGUGGUGUAGCAGUGAACUCCUUUGAUGACCUUACCCCAGACGUUCUAGGAGAAGCCGGACUCGUCUAUGAACAUGUCUUGGGAGAGGACAAGUACACAUUCAUCGAGGAGUGCAAGAACCCCCAGUCUGUGACCAUCAUGAUCAAGGGACCAAACAGACAUACCCUGACUCAGAUCAAGGAUGCUACACACGAUGGCCUCAGGGCCGUCAAGAAUGCCAUCGAUGAUGGUUCUGUGGUGCCUGGAGCUGGUGCCCUGGAGGUAGCCAUCUACGCUACCCUCCAGAAGUUCAAGGAGACUGUCAAGGGUCGUGCUCGGCUUGGUGUCCAGGCCUACGCCGAGGCCCUACUGGUGAUCCCCAAGGUCCUGGCCCAGAACUCUGGUCUGGAUGCACAGGAGACCAUGGUCAAGCUACUGGAAGAGUAUGCAGAGUGUGGGCAACCUGUCGGCGUGGACAUAUCUUCGGGUGAAGCUGUAGUUGCAGCAACAGCAGGCAUCUGGGACAACUACUGUGUGAAGAAACAGAUUCUUCAUUCCUGUACCGUCAUCGCAAGCAACCUCCUGCUCGUAGACGAGAUCAUGAGAGCCGGGUUAUCAUCGCUCAAAAAUGGAGGAGGUUAAUUCCCCCUUCCCUGGUCUACACGUCUAACCAGCUUAAGUCAUAAUAUUGUCAUGAAUAGAUGUUUUUUGUUUCAAUCGCCAAAUGCCCAUUCAUUCAUUCAUUGUCUUCAAACUUUCUGGUCUGUUGAAUUACUGAAGAGAUACUUGUGAAAAUGUUCUCUGACACAGUUGUACGUCAUUUCACCAAUACAGUCAAACCUGCUAUAGUGACCACUUAUCUACAAAAUCCACCUGUCUACAACAAGCACAUGUUUUGUUUUCCUUGAAAAUGGUUUCUGAUUGAAACAUGUACUAAAGGAACCUGUCUACAAAGACCACUUUUUGUGUUUCCAAUGGGCGGUCGCUGUAGACAGGUUUGACUGUAUAUUGAAACUUAACGUAGGAUCAACUUUGUAGGCAUUCUUGUAACCUGUACCUCACUAAUGAACUCUUCCAUCAUUUCUACGAGUCAUUUAUGAAAUCCAGUUGUUGCGAUAAUGUUUUCAUAUUCAUAGUCCUUAGAAAACAAAAGGGGUGUACAGUCAAACCGUUUUUGGCGUCCCCCUCUAUAUAAAGGCAACCUGUUUAUAGUGGUCACCUCUAUUUCCUCCUUGUGUAAGGAAACAUGUGCUGAAGAACCUGUCUAUAAAGGCCACCUGACUACGGUGGACACAUUUUGUCUUCCUUGGGUGGCCUUAAUAGACAGGUUUGACUGUAUUUAUAUUCUUCUUGCCUCUGAAGGCUUGAAGUUGAUAGAAACCAUGUCAUGUGGACAUUAUCAUCACCACUCAGGACACUUUCUGUAGUGUUUCGUUGAUUGCGCAUCCUAACAAGAUAUAUUUUAUUGAGAUAUCUGCAUUCGCUCCCAUUGAUUAUGUCUUACCUAUUUGUUUAUAAUAUGUUACUUACCUCAAAUGCCUCAGUGAUGUAGAAUGGAAACCAAAGUCGUUCACAGUCCCUGUAAUCAGGUGCUACUAAAAACCAUAUAUCCAGUUUGUUAGCUAUUGAAUGAAUGGGCAUUUUGUGAGGAGUCGAGUGUGUGACAAUGCAACAGUUUUUGCACUGUCUACUUUUUGUUAAUAAUAUUUCUUUCUUUUUUGGCAUUAAUGUUGAGGAACGUCACAUAUAUUUAAGCUGAUAUUUGCUACCGUGAUGUAAGGCAGAAAACGUGUUGUGAGAGACCCAGUAUAAUAAUAGAAUUCACUGAAAACCUAAGGCUUCGAUGAAUUUGAUGUAACUACCAGUAAAUUUGACAUGCAUUUGUGCAUUAUUUUCUGGAGUUUUACUCUGGUAUAUGACACAUUUUUGUGUAUCGUAAGUUCAUUCCUGGAGCGCAAACAUUCUAAUGCAUUUUUUUUACACUUAAUGUGAUUACAUCUCUGGUAAAUGCACAUGUAGUUGGUCCCAUAUGAUAUCACUUGUUUGUAAUCUUGUCCAACAAUCUUUGUGAAUUGACUGGCAAAACUUCAGUCAAAUAUUGCUGAUAUUGCUCACUUUAUAUUUGUAAUAUUCUAAAUACAUGUAUACCCCUCCCCCAGCAAGUUUAAGACAGUACUCACAGAAAUUGUCAGUGUUUGGGGUUAUGGGAUAAGGCAUCCAAACUGCCAAUUCCAAUAACAAACUCCUCUUAAUGAGAAAACAGUAUGAUAGUACUUUAGACUUGCAAAUCAAUUGCAAUAAAGCUUUAUUAUAUGAUGAUGGAAAUGAUGUGUCUUUUUUUUUUAGUACCAUGUAAUCUGAAUGCUGUGAAUUGUCGGUUAUGAUUAAAUUCUUGUUUUGACACUGUGCAAAUUAAGAUGGCAAAU